AUGGAUAAGGAAAGAGGAAACCUGCUUAAAUCAUUUGGGACUCAGGUGGCAGAGCCAGUAAGAUCAAUGGUAAUGGGAGCUCCACUAGAAGAUGCUCGUCGUCUUGCUCAAAGAUAUGAUAGAAUGAGACAAGAGGCUGAAGUACAGGCUGUUGAAGUUUCUAAAAGACAAGCAAGAGUAAAAGAAGGAACAUGGAAUCCAGACAUCCUUAUGAAACUUGAUCUGAAAUCCAACAUGGCAAUUUUGGGAAGAGAAGCUGCAUCAGCAAUGGCUGCUGUUGCAGAACCGAUUGUUGUGCGAAUAUCCGUACAUUGGAACGAAUUCCAUUGUCAACCACUAGAGUUCAUUUUGUUAAUCUCCUCUUCCAAAUCUGAUCGGAAACAAGGUCAAUCGAUGGAGACGGAACGGAGGCGAUGA